UAAAAUGAUAGUGCUGCGGCUGAGCGGAGGGAAAUGUCGGUGAGUGGCGGAGGCUCAGGUGUCUCUGCGGGGCCGUGGACGGGAUUUCUGUGAGGUUGUUGGAGUUUGGUGUUGGAUUAAGCGGGUUUACAGGCGCGCUGAGCGGACUGACAGAGCGCUGGAGUCGGUGACACCGGAGCAGAAGAAGGGGAGAGAUUUGCAUAGCCAAAGCGCUGAGAGCGGACAGUCCGGACGUGGAGCUCUGCGCUGGGGCUCACAGUGUUGCUGAUAGGGCUCACCACGGAGCUCUGUGCUGGGGCUCACACUGCACCUGGUGAGCAGUGGGGGAGCAGCAGAUGUCCGGCUACAUGGAGGCCCGCGCUCUUCACGCAGUGACGCUCUGAGUAUCGGGAAAGAGUGAGAAUGCUGGGGGAGGGGAGAGUAGUGGAGGAAUGGCUUUCAGAAUUCAAGACACUACCCGAGUCUCAAUUCUCCAGCUACGCGAGCUCCCUCUAUCGGAAGAAGGAUCUGGUUCCAGCCCUCUACAGAGUCAUCCAGGACCCCAACAGUGAGCUUUUGGAACCAGUGUGCCAUCAGCUGUUUGAACUGUACCGCAACUCAGAUGCCCGUCUGCGGCGCUUCACCCUGCAGUUCCUGCCCGAGCUGGUGUGGGUUUACCUGCGAUUCAUGGCCAGCAGGGAGCGCCAGAUCAACGGCUGCAUCGAGGCUCUGCUGCUGGGCAUCUACAACCUGGAGAUUGUAGACAAAGAGGGAAACAGCAAGCUGUUGUCCUUCACCAUUCCUUCACUGUCGAAACCAUCGAUAUAUCACGAGCCCUCCAGUCUCGGUUCCAUGGCUCUGACAGAGGGAGCUCUCAGUCAGCAUGAUCUGAUCAGAGUGGUUUACAGCGGCCUGCAUCCCCAGAGAGAGACCUUCACCGCACAGAACAGGUUCGAGGUGCUGUGUUUCCUCAUGCUGUGCUACAACUCCGCCGUGGUGUACAUGCCGUCCUCGUCAUACCAGGCCGUGUGCCGCAUGAGCUCGCGGUUGUGUGUGUGUGGGUUUCCACGGCAGCAGCAGAAGACGUGGCGGGAACCCUGUAACCGCGUGGUGCUGGACCCUGAGUUCAUGGUGCAGAUGCUCACUGCCAUCUAUCACGCCAUUUAUAAUGGGGAGUGGGAUCUGGGGAGAGAGGCGCUGGAUGAUAUCUUGUACAGAGCUCAGCUGGAACUCUAUUCCGAACCUCUACUGUUGGGGAACGCGAUGAAGAACUCCUUGCCAGACAGCGCUCCGGAUGGUUCUCAAGGGAAAAAGGUGCUGCAGGUAGAGGUGACGCCUACCGUCAGGAGGAUCUCUCGCUCCGCCGUUACUGCAGCCUCGAUUCGCAGGCUUCGCUGGAAGAGAGAAGAUGCUGAUGGCAUGAGCGGAGGUGAAGAGUCCUUCAACCUGAACGACCCAGAUGAAGGGUUCUCCUCCGGAGCGUCCAACAGCAGCCAGCCGAGCACCGGCAGACCCACGGGGGGUGGAGGAGGGCGCACCAGCACGCAGAAGAGCUCCAAGAAGAGCAGCUCCAGUCGCACACACCGGGAAAAAGAGAGGGAUAUUUCAGCUGAGAAACACAAAGAGGCGCAGCACCCACAGAGAGCUCAGUCUCCACCACCUGCCAUCACACUGGACACCAUUGAACUGACCCCCAUGAAGACGCAGAGCCUGAGCCGGACCUGCAGCAUGAGCGCCGGGGUGAGCGGAGAGCAGGAGGAAGGCGGAGGAGCAGACGGAAGAACGGACGGAGGGCUCGGAGCGGGAGGAGGAGCGCAUCGCCUUUCCAGCCUCAGCCUGAAAGAGGAACAUCUGGUGCGGCCUGAUGGAGGGAAAGACCUGCUGUCUCCCGGAGCGCCUCUGACCAAGCAGUCUCGCUCGCCCAGUUUCAACAUGCAGAUUAUAUCACAGGUGUAGCUCUCACACCUGCAUCGAAAUCAUCUCGUCUGAUUCCUCUUUCUCUCCGUCCAGGGUUUUUUUUGUUUUGUUUUGUUUUUUAAAGCAGAGCCCCUCAUCAAUAGGGUGGGUGUCUCUCUCUCUCCUUUCCUUCAUCUCUAUUCUCUCUCUCUCUCUCUCUCUCUCUCUCUCUCUCUCUCCUUUCCUUCAUCUCUCUCUCUCUCCUUUCCUUCAUCUCUAUUCUCUCUCCUUUCCUUCAUCUCUAUUCUCUCUCCUUUCCUUCAUCUCUAUUCUCUCUCCUUUCCUUCAUCUCUAUUCUCUCUCUCCUUUCCUUCAUCUCUAUUCUCUCUCUCCUUUCCUUCAUCUCUAUUCUCUCUCUCUCUCUCUCUCCUUUCCCUCAUCUCUAUUCUCUCUCUCCUUUCCCUCAUAUCUCUCUCUCCUUUCCCUCAUAUCUCUCUCUCUCUCUCUCUUCCCUCAUAUCUCUCUCUCUCUCCUUUCCCUCAUAUCUCUCUCUCUCUCCUUUCCCUCAUAUCUCUCUCUCUCCUUUCCCUCAUAUCUCUCUCUCUCCUUUCCCUCAUAUCUCUCUCUCUCCUUUCCCUCAUAUCUCUCUCUCUCUCUCUCCUUUCCCUCAUAUCUAUCUCUCUCUCUCCUUUUUCCCCGUCUUUCUCCUUUUUCCCUCUCUCUCUCUCUCUCCUUUCCCCCCAGCUAUCUCUCUGUCCCCCCCAUGGGGCUUCCACCCAUUUUUAUGCAAAUCUGAAUUGGCGCAAAUGAAGCAUCAGUAAAAGAUGGUUUAUUUGUUCUGAGGUCGAAACGUUGGAUAAACAGAGAGCUCACUGGACACUACAGAGAAUAUACAAAACGAACAAUAUUUGGUGAAAAUCUGUAACACGUUCUUGUAAAGCAUCAGGAGGGAAACGUCACCACCACCUUUCUCCUCUCUGUGUAUUUCCCUUAGACCAAAUUAAGCAUUCCACUUUUAACAGACCAAGACAGCGCGAUGUUUUGGUUUUGGAUCUGCCGCCCGGUCUACACUGGUCAGGUCUCAGACGCAUCUCCACUGUGUCGCCAGUUUAUCCGCACCUGGCCAGAUGUUUGAAAUUAAACUGACCAGUGGAGUUGUGAUGAACCUACUGCCUCAUGAAUGAUUUACAGAAACAACACCGACUAGCUAACUCAAAGUUUUGACAAAGAAGCAUCACGAUUGACUAGAAACUCCAGUGUUUGGGGUAAAUACAGGCCAAUCCCCAUUAUUAUUAUUAUUAUUAUUAUUAUUAUUAUUAUUAUUAAAGCUCUUACCUGCGUUUUGAGUUCAGCAUCGAGUGCUUCAACCACUUUUGAGGCAGUGGAGAUGGAGGCUGAGUUCCUCUGGCUUUAGCCAGUAGAGAUCAGGCAUGUUCUGUUUAUUUAUUGUAUUGUUAAGGGACUUCAGAGAUUCGUCUAUAUUUUUAAAAAGGUAAGCAAUAAAUUUUAGGUUGUUCAUCUGACACAAAGCAGUCGCUGCAGUGUCUCAGUAUGCAUUCCUGCUGAACUCCUGGGUCCUGUGCAAUUUCUGUCAAGGUCUUUAUUAUUAUUAUUAUUAUUACUUAUCCAAAUUGAGAUUUCAUUCUUUUCAUCUCUACAUUCCGUCCCAACGACGGCUGUGUUUAUAAUUUUAAAUCUUUUUCAAUCUUCAAACUAAAUCGAAUUUUGUCUCUACUAUUAUCUGUGACCUUGCCAUGAUUUUACUUUAAAAGAAAUCAACACAAUCUAUUAAUAUAUGCUUUGAACUGUAUGAUUUGAGGUUUU